UUAUUUGUAAAAACAACCGAUUUUCAGCUUGUUUCUAAUUUUGAGCAGAUGUGUACCGUUACAAUAUUUGGAGAGCUGAUGGUAUAAUGGCUCAUAUACGAUGAUCGCUAAGCCAAUCAGAGCUCUAGAAUUGCAUUAUCCAAUGAUUUAGCUCUUAAUAAUUCUUGUUAUUUUAGGUUGGCAUGGCAACUUUGAUUUUCCAGUCAUAUCAAGGUGUGUCACAGGAUGAAGAAGGAAGAUUAAAAUUAGACGAUAUGAUAUUAGAGCAGCUGGAGAGAUUAGUAACAUCCUCAAGAUACUGGACCAUAUUUAGAGUUGGAAAGCAAGCCACAAGACAGGUUUUUAACUCUUUAUUAUAUGGAUGAAGCGUUAAAAAUAGUUUCAGCGAUUCCAGUUAUUGUCCAAAAAUUUUGAAAUGAAUCCUGUUUGCUUGGUUUAUGUCUAGUGAACACUUUUUUAGAGGGAAAUAAACUUAGGGCAAUGUAACCAUGUGUGGCGAACAUUAUUUUAAUGCUUUCACCACUGAUCACUAGGAACAAAUGUAAAUCGCUUUGCUAGCUUUACUUGUCAGAGAAGCAAAAGAGAGCAUCAGGAAAGGAUUGCAAGAAAAAAUAACAGCUUGGAAGCGCAAAUCGUUUUGCGAAGUUUGUUGCAAAAACUAGAGUAAAAAUACAUGUACAUGCAGUGUCUGUCCGUUGUAUUCAAUGAUCACAAUGAACAGACAGACAGUUUGACCCAAAGCCCUACUUGAGAAUUUUUUUACUAUUGACUACCCUCUUCAAUAAUAUUAUUGCUGUAUGAAGAAGGGUUAGCCUUUUUAUUUAGAACUGAGGGUGCUACUGUCUACUUGACUUUGUCAUUUUUUGGUUCUUAUUGACAACCAUUUUUUGUCUUUCUUUUCAGGGAUUUCAUAGCCUCGCAGCAAAAAUUUUUGAAACCCUUUCCUCUAAGGUAUGUUUAGUGUUUAUGAAAGCCUGCGAGAGGGCGGCUGUAAAGAAACAAACUUUUUCCGGUUUUCAAUUCUUCGUUAAUAUGGAAAGAAGCGACGACCGGAAAUAUGUCUGUGUCCGCAGGCUAGUGCACCCUCAGAAAAGCUCGAUUCCUGUGUCGGUCGAGGCUUCUAUUUGAUCGCUUAUUUGAUAACCUUGUGUCAAGAGAAAGAAAUUAUUGUUUUGGAAAAAUGUCUCAAAAAAGUCCCGAAUUUUUUAUCCCAAAAAUUAUAUUCGAAGCCUGGCAUAUGAAGCAGAGGUUGUGAUUUUUAAGAGACAGAAACCGACUGUUUUUCAGUCUAUCGUAAAAAGAUAGCUCUCUGGAAUUUGAUGUCGUCUCUCCACCAACGAAAUCGCCACUAAGAGGUCUGCUCGCCACUACAUAACUCUGCAAUAAUUGACACUGUUUACUUACCUUGGAUUGUUACUUCUUACUCAAGCCCAAAUAAUUUUAAUUGAAACCUUGCGUCAAACCUCUCAUCUUUAGUUUUAUUUUUUGUGAAUAAUUGCGACUUUUUAAUAUCUUAAUACGGCUUAUUUGCAUCGCUCGAGAGGUGCGACUUGUGUAAAAUCCAACAGCCUUUUUUUAUGAAAGUUGGUUAAUAUUGUCAAUUGAACCUUACCUUCUUAAAUUUCAUUGUAAAUUUAAAGUGAAAGAAUUCUUUUUAGAGACCUGUCCUUUCGAUAAGUAUGAAGAUAUAUAUUUCUUGGUGGCGAGGUGACCGGAUACCCUCUCUUGGGUUUGUAUAUUUCGUAGGGGGAAAAGUAGCAGUUUGACAAACGAGAUUAAAAUAUUUUAUUCGAUCUACAGGUUGCUUCUGAACAUUUUUACUUCUGGCUUAAUGCCUUGAAGUUCUUCUGUGAAGCAGAGAGUUUGUUGAAAGGUGAAUGUGAUUCUCAGCUAGCUCUGUCCAAGCAAAUAUCUGAUGCUGGCGCUAAAUACCAGAAAGGGAUUACAACACUCAAGGUCUGUACUAUUACAUCAUCCUCAAAAAUUGAAAAUAGAAUGUAAAGGGCUUAUUUUCCAAAGAAACUCUGGUCCUGCGUUGGUCGGUGAAGUGCACGAACGUAAUGCACACUGGUUGAAGGUGCCCCUUUAAUGUAAAAUAAAUUAAUAAAUAACGAUUUAAAGGUAGCAUAUCCACGUAGAGGUUCUUCGUUCACCAUUCCUGGUCGAAUUGGAAAGUGUUGGUUUUUGAGAAGAUAGGAAAACCCUAGUACCCAGAAAAAAGCUUCGCGGAGCAAGGUAGCGAACCAGCAAACAACUCAAGGCACAAUUGACAAAAGGCGUUGUCGCCGGGAUUUGAACCCGGGCCACAUUGGUGGAAGGCGUGUGCCCUCACGACUGCGCCAUCCCUUGCUCCUGGUUUGCUAAGAGAGAAAUAUACUUUGCCGUGCAUCUAUUUCUUGUUGGACCACAAAGUGGGAGAAAACUCGAGCAGGAAAGUGGAAGAAUCGUGAAAGGACGUACUCUGCGAGCAGAGGCCCUUCGAUCUUCCUAGACAAGAUCAAAGGGCCUCUGUUCGCAGGGUAGAAAGGAGGAAACGGUAACUUAGGCGCCUUAUUCGAUUCUCCCCUUGUUGACUUGUCGUUCUCUGAGUCUACAAAAGGGAAUGCACUGCACAUAUGGAAUCCAAGCUGAAAUAAAACAACUUCUAUGAUAAGUAUCUUCACCGUGUUUUAGAUUGUUGUAUGAGAUUCAGAAUUUGAUACUAGAGACCUGAAUGCGGCGAUAGCGAAUCGUGAUGUGUAGGAGGAGAUCUCCGCGAAUGUACCGUCAACUCCCGGUGGUCGAAGGAUGAUGUUUUCGUUGGGCGGUUUACGCGGUUUGCGUUCGAGUUCGCUACAUGUUCACCACUAACAUGCUGAAUUCGCUGCCUCUGUUAAUUCACUGUUUUAAUUUCUCUUUUAAAACAAGUUGUUCGUUCUACAAGAUCGUGGUAGUAGGAUGACAGAAUAAAGUAAGUAGCGAAUUCGGCAUGUUAGUAGCGAACAUGUAGCGAACUCGAACGUAGCGAACUAGACAAGUAGCGAAACCGGAACUGAAGUCGGCUGAUUCAGUUCCCAGUCAGACAUCAGGAACAGCUUGGAUGCUGGUCAGUCUUAGAGAAUGAAUAGUUAAGUAAUACUGUGCAUUAUUUGCCCGUCACAUUGUACCCUUUGUUUUUAGGCAUCUGUGCAGUCGUCAAACCAUCAGCUGUCUUUCCAGUGUACGUAUGCAAGCCUGAGAGCUGAGAUGUUCCAAGCUCAUAGUCGGCUUCUUGCAUCUUGUGCAACCGUGAAAUCCUGUCCUCCCCCUGCUAUUGCUACUGCUGUUGCCAUGGCAACUGGUCAAGACGUUCAACGGUUGAGCCAUUUUGCCGCUCAAGUAAGUCUAAUUGAAGAGUUACAUGUAGUUGAAAAAGCGUUGAUUUUUAGUUGAGGCGCGUGUAGUGUAAUGCAUGUCUAGCUCAGUCAAGCAUUCAUAGGCGGUAAGGUUACCUGGGUGUGAGCAAAAUCUUUCCUAUGACACGGGCCAGUUGCUAUCGAAAUAUCACAUCAUUUGCCGUCGCGUUGUUAUUUGUAAAUCUGCCUUAUGGGUGGAAGGAAACAGAAAUUCGUUGAUAACUCCCUUAGCAUUGCUCGCAGGCUCAUUAUAAUAUCAUCCUCGCAGUCUGUGCUAAACAAAACAUUAUGGUCAGUGUCAUUGCUGUUCACUUAUGUGACAGGACACAUCAAGAACUAAAUUUCAAGACCAAACCGCUCAUAAUAAAUAAAGCCGGGGACAUGAUCAUGUGACUUUAUGCCCACCUCGUAUAUGUCAGAAUAACUUUACUGAUAUUGCUUUUUAAGAUGACCGAAUGCAGCAAACUGUUCCGCUGUUUGGGGGAAAAAUAUGGACAAUUGUACCGCUCCUCGUUUAAUGCGGAUCCGGUCAGUCUGCAGAAUAUCGAAGCGUAUCCUUUUAUUCAGUUUUUGUUCAAAAUGCUGUGAUUCUUGCUCCAUGUUUGAUUCCAAGCCCUAAAUCUGAGUACAACGAAGUCCUUGGUAUAAGGAACCAUAUUCUUCGCCCCUGAAAGAGUUUCAAUAUAACGAAACCUUUUUAUAAACGAACACUUUUUGCCAGUUCCUUGGGCCUUAGCUCGCGGGCACCCGAAAAAUCGUGAAUUUUACAGCUGCGUGCAAACCCUAGCAUAAGUGAGAAGCAGUGUGGCAGAGUGGUCAGUGCGCUGAGUACCUGCUGUGGCUCCCUCUUUAUCAGGGUACGGGUAGAAUGUCUGUGAUUUUCUGUUUUUAUACUCUGCAUUUUUUUUUCCUGAAAAAGGUUAACUUAAAGCUGAUCAAUUAUAAUUCCUUGACAAGUUUCUCUGUCAGUCUUCAACAGAGCUGUUUAAUGAUAUCACACAGUAUUGAUGUCUUAAUGAAAACUUCUCAGCCAAGGUAAAACAAGUUAAUUUAGUUAUUUAACGCGUAAUGUUCACAAGAGUGUAAUGUACUUUUCUCAGUUUGGCCCUGGACUGACAACGUAUAUGUACCUAGGCUGUUUUGAAGGUGAUAAGUCGUCCGGUGCUCUUCGUUACGUUACGUUUCGUGAUGUUGAGUAAUUUUACUUAAAGUUGCGUUGGGUUUCUCUACGUUGCGUUACGUUAUGUCACCGAGGCUUUACACGCAUGUUAGACCUCGGAACGAUUUGUCUGUGUCUACUGAGGGGCCCAUUGGCGGGCUUUCAUGACAAUAUUUCUCGAGCUGAAAUUCAAUAUAUGUGCGAUUUUUAACAACUUCAUCUGUAAACCUCUGAACUUAUAUUUGGAUUUGUUUGUAGCUCGUCUUUAGGUGAACAAGGAAGCAGUGUCAACAAGUCUUCCACGUUUAGACGUAGUCCACUUUCCCUGGCGUGCACAGAAAUUCUACAAACAGUAGAGGUUUGUCAUUGACUUCAAAUGUUAAUGGACUAUGACUAACAAAUAUAUCGACGUCUCUUUUAUUGGCGUUGUAGUCUGAAAUGUCAUACGUCUCCAUCCCCUAACCCGUGGAGAUCUCUCUCCCCGCAACCUCCACGGGUAAGCGGGUGGAGACGUAUGACAUUUCAGACUAAUUCCAUUGGCGCUUAAGGGGAAGAGGGGAAAUUAAGCCAAGGCACGCGAGAAGCGAGUACGUGAAGGUUUCCUUCCCUGCUUCCUCGCGCGUUCCCUUUCCGUUCCACCAGUCCCACAGGUUGCGUAUCGUUAGAUAAACUGCUCACGAUAGCUUCUUCAGUUCUGGUCGCCUUUUUGGCACGUUAACGGGCCCACACUACUGUUCGAAAAAAAAGUAGGGGACGUAGUCCCGGGUGGUGUGGCCAACCUUUCCUGGGGUGGGUGGGUUCCAUCUGUAAGGACAGAUCUUAGUAUAGGGAUAAUCUCAUGAUCCUCCUUCAGUAGUUGUAAGGGGAACCUGUAAACUGUGUAUUAUAUUGUAUUAUAUUAGUACACCUCACCAACGAUACUCAGGGAGAGCGCCGGUCUACUGAGCGGGAGGUCGCGGGUUCAAACCCCGGCCGGACCAACACUCAGGGUCUUUAAAUAACUGAGGAGAAAGUGCUGCCUUUGUAAUAAUAUCUGCAAACGGCUAGACUUUCUAGUCUUCUCGGAUAAGGACGAUAAACCGUAGGCCCCGUCUUACAAGCCCUUGCACAUGUAUUAAAUCUGUGGGACGUUAAAGAACCCACACACUCUUCGUAAAGAGUAGGGCACGUAGUGCCCGGUGUAGUGGUCUAUCUCACUUUCACACUCAUGUAUGGGGGCAUCAUUACUCAUUCCUUCAUUACUUGUAAACUGCACCUUAAGCAGUCUGGCAAAGUCCCCCAACCAGUGUUGUAAAUUAUCCCUGAAAAGCCCUGAGGGGAGUGGAUAAUAAGAUAUUUACAAUUUACAAUACUCAGCUAUAAAAAAGUGUUUAUUUCAACGAAAGAAGCUCUAGAAUUUCUUUAAAUGAAAACUAGCCCCUUCAUCUUUAAAACAUGUAUCACUCGCCUUACGAAGAGGCUUCUGGCCAGGUAUCCCCAGUUUUUUUUUUACAAGCUAACUACAGUCACUAAACGUUAAAUAUUUUUAUUUGACUUUUUACUGUAUAAUUUUUCUUAUCUCUUUAGGAGCUAGCAAUUCAGCUGGAAGGUCUCCCUGUUUGCCACUUGGUAAAAUGAUGAAUCAUUUAAUGAUAUCCAUGUAAUGUAUUGAACACUGAGCAGACACAGUAAAUUAAUGAAGUUAUUUUAACUUUUGUACACUGGUUUCACUUGCUAAUGAAGUAAUUUUAUCAGUAAAGGAAUCCGUCGAUCGUAUAUGGUAUAUCAGUAUGGGGAGGCAAAUAAGGAAGGUUUUAAGGCAUUAGAAGCACUGCAUUGUAGAGCUGCGAGAAUUAUCCUUGAGCUACCUUGGGAGAUAUCUAAUGCAGAUGUUAUGAAAAAGGCUAAUUGGUCUUCUUUAGCCUUUAUGUAUAAACUUAGCUUAGCUAAGUUUAUGUAUAAAAUCCACAAUAACCUGACUCCAGACGCUAUGUCAGCUAUUAUUAAGAACAAUGAUAACAUCAAGCGAUAUCAACUUAGGAAGAAACUGAAAAUUGAUGUCCCUCGUUUUAACACCAACUACAUGAGGAACUCUGUAGCUCGUAGAGGAGCAAUAGUUUGGAACACGUUGGUUCCUCAACUUAAUGACGAUAUAGACAAUGUUAAGAAAUAUGCGAUUAUGGCAAGACGGUCAAAGGCUCUGCUACACCUAGAUUUCGACUGUAUCUCCCCUCAAACAUUGACCAGAAGGGAGGAAGAUUUUAAGUAUAAUUAGUGUUAAUAAUUAGUCGAUACUAGAGUACCACCUUGUACUUUAGAAUCUUAAGCUUUUAUCGUUUUAGACUUGUAAGUAGCUAUAUGAUUUUAGCUGGUGUAUAUCCUAUUUAUUUUCUAAUUCAUUAGUUAUCUUAUUUAAUUAUUUAGACACGACCCCACAAGCGAAGCGUCGCUUUAAAUACUUAUCGUGUAUAAAUAAAGAUUAUUGAUUGAUUGAUUGAUUGAUUGAUAUAUGAUUGUGUGAAAACUUUCUUAAGUUAAUUCUUUUCUGGAUCGAUGAGUAACUGACUUGGAUACUAACAGCCACUUACUGUUAGAAAAGAAAGUCCGAAAUAAAUAGUGCGGCAGAUUUUUUUUUAGCCUAGUUAAUUUGGGAAAUGUCAGUGUCAUGAUAUUGAUUUAUGGUUAUACAUUUUAUCGUUUUUCAGCAAACUGAAUGUCUUAUUCGGGCUUCCAUGACUCUCCUGAAGGUGCCGUUUAUUUUCCCGAAACACUUUUUCUCCAGUCAGCAAGCCACGUUUAUCAAGGUUUGUACUCAAGAAUUUUCCAUGGAUCUAUUACAUUGAGUCCUAGAUUGCUUGUACAGCGGAAGCUCUCGUUAGCGGACACCCUCGUAACGCGGAAAAGGUGCCCGUACCUGGAGCUGGCCGCUUACGGGAAUGUAAAAAUACAGAGUUUGUAUGAGAGUUUAGAAAAACGGGGUUUUGUGAAGGUGGCCUUGACUAGAGCUGUCCUCUUACGAGGGUGUCUGUUAGGAGAGCCUCCUCUGUAUACAGUCUUGAUGUUGUUGGCUUUAUAAAAGUCGUGGAAUUUUGUUUUCUAGUUGCCGUGUUUAUUAUUUGGCUUUUCUGAACCAACCUUGCAUUAUUUGAUGUCGUAAUCUUUGGUUCACGACAUAAUUUUUAAACAGUUUAGAAAACACAUUCUCUUCGCCAGAUACUACUAGAAAACCGAAAGGUACUGGUGGGUACUAGUGGGAGUUUUUCUGUUGCACUCGCACAUUACCAGUUAAAAUGGCGGGAGUCGGGUACAGGUAACCCAUGGAAAACGCGCGAAAAUCUAGUGGGAAUGGCGCGGGAAUGGAAAAGAUGCUAGUUUUGUCUCGCGGUCCGUAUAAAAGAAUCUUUUUUAAAUUAGUUAUAAUCAGUAAGAGACAGGACGCAACAUGUUUGAAAUGAAUGAACAUUAGGUAGAAAUUCCUUUCUUGUGACAAAACUUGAAUCUGUUUACUUUCUGUAACUCUUAUUUGCCAAUCAUCCUCACGUUUUGAACAACAAUUACUUUUGCUAAUCGUGGUCUCUCCUUCUGUCAUACAGCUGGCGUUGUCACCUUCGCCUCGGUCGCCUUCAGAACCAAUUUCGGUCACACUGGAUACACAAUUUGUUCUUAAGGUGGAAGGAGUCAUAGAGCGCGGUCAAAAGCUAGGUCAGAGUCUUGUUAGAGGUGUAAACUUAAACUUUUACGACAGUAUUGUAGUAUGACCCGAUGUAAUGUUAGUAACUUAAUUUUCCCCAAAUGGUUUUACAUUUGGUUUGAACUUGGAAAACAACUACGAUGUCACGAACUAUUUUUUUACGAGUGUUUUUCUCAUAUGAAAUCUGUGGUAGAUAUUCCACUUUAUAGUUGCACGUUCCUGAACUGGCUAACGACAUAUUGUGCAAAAUCAUCCGCCUUGAUCAGGUCUGUGGCUGUAAGUCUUAGCUCAAAGCCAUAACGAAUCCCUUGUUGACAAUACAAGGACUCAAAGUUGGAUUAUGGAGUUGCCUUCACUAUUUAAUUUUAGUUUGUGUUGUUUUUCUUGUUUAUAGGACUUUACCGCGAUGUGCAGUCUGUUUGCUUGUCAGUAACAUGGCGCGCUGAGGACAGAAAGCAACAACCCAUAGAUGGAAAGGUUCGUAUUUGUUUCUUAGCAGUAGCUUUUGGCCCUUCAGACUCAGUGAGCGUAGACUGCAAAACAGUCCGUAUUUUUUGCGUAUUCAAGUACCUACGCGCAAGCAGUCAAACAAAAGGUCUGGAACGAGGCUAAAAACGAGAGCGAGACUGGGGAGAGACCUUACGGGAGUGUGAAGCUCGUGCGCUUUGCGCGCGUAAGACUGUUACGCCACGCUUUACCGGUUUCUGUACUGGUUUCUCUGGUGCUUGCAACACCAGCAGUGUAAAAGAUUUCUGAAAUUUUGGUGUAUUUUCUUUAUUUCAGACUUCUCGAGAUCACGUGACCAGCUUAGAACAAACAGUGGUUCCCCACCAUGAUUACUUUAGUGCCCAGUUCCUUCUCCAGUUUAGUACACAGUCUAUUUAUCACGUGACUGUGUCUUCUAGUGUGAUUGACAGUUCCGGGAUACUGUGGAAUACAGGACCCCAGAAUACCCUGCAGGUUAAGACCACGGAUUCUGCCAGUAGAAAACAGAGAACGUCUAGAUCAUAGCUGGUGACAGAGAAACUAUAUUUGAUUUUAAAAGGCGAUGAAUGCAAGAAUGUCAACCACAAAAUGAUGGAGUAUUGAGACGUGGCCAACUCUUCCCUCCCACCUCCUCCCCAGAAGUGACUUAAUUUUCUCACUAUUGAUCCAGUAUCACUCAAAUCCAUUAAAUCUAAUUUUAUUUAAUGUAACAUUCAUACUAUUCGUUGAAUAUGUACAGCUACAUUUUUACAGUUAACUUAAUGAAAGUUUCUCUACAAAAUU